AUGGGUAAUGCCAAUGGCAUGGGCAACGCGAACGCAAAUGGCAACGGAAACGGAAACGGGAACGCUAAUGCCAAUGGGAAUGGGAACGGUAACGGCAACGACAACGCGAACGCUGGCGGAGCAGCAGCAGGAGGCGCUGCAUCCGACUUUGGCACCUGCGAUCCCACCAUGUCUUUUGAAGGCGGCCGCGGCAACCGUCCCGCUACUGAGUUCACUUUCCAAUCGAAUGACGCGGUCAUCGCUGCAAACCAGCAGGAAGCACUGAACCCAAACAUCAUCACCAACCGCAUCUGCGAUGAGCUCGGCAACAUCUGCGGCGCCAGCGAUGCAGCAAUUGCGCUUUGCGAGGAUGCCCAAGCGCAGAUCCUGGCCUUGGGCACGCGAGACCAGACCACUGCCGAUGCAUGGAACAGUUUGGUUGGCGGCGGCGCUGCAAGAGCGAUGCGAAGAGGCAUGCGCGCGUAA